UCCUCCAGUCAAAACAUGGAGACCCUGGAGAUGGCCACCUCCCAGUUGACCACAAACACUUCUCUGGACACCGUGGUGCAGUGUGACCAGGAGACUGUGCUGGAGAACACCCUUUUUGCCUUUUUCUACCUGCUUCAUUUUAUCCUGGCCUUUGCUGGCAACACUCUGGCCCUGUGGCUCUUUGUGCGGGAUCACAGAACUGACACCACUGCCAAUGUGUUCCUAAUGCAUCUAGCCAUGGCAGACCUGUCCUGUGUGCUGGUCGUGCCCACCCGCUUCAUGUACCAUUUCUCCGGGAGCCACUGGCCAUUUGGCGAGGUACUUUGUCGUCUCACUGGCUUCCUAUUCUACAUCAACAUGUAUGCCAGCAUCUACUUCCUCACCUGUAUCAGCGUUGACCGCUUCCUGGCCAUUGUGCACCCAGUCCGCUCUCUCAAGCUGCGCAGGCCUCUCUAUGCCCACCUGGCCUGUGCAUUCCUCUGGAUGGUCGUGGCUGUGGCCAUGGCCCCAUUGCUGGUGAGCCCACAGACAGUGCAGACCAACCACACCGUUAUCUGCCUGCAGCUCUACCGGGAGAAGGCCUCUCCCCACGCCCUUGUGUCCCUGGCAGUGGCCUUCACCUUCCCAUUUGUUACUACAGUCACCUGCUACCUGCUGAUCAUCCGCAGCCUGCGGCUGGGGCCGCGCGUGGAAGCGCGGCUCAAGGGCAAGGCAAUCCGCACGGUCGCAAUGGUGCUGGCCAUCUUCCUAGUCUGCUUUGUCCCCUACCACAUCCACCGCACCAUCUUCCUGCUGAGCCUGCACGGCCAGCCGACCUCCUGCACUGCCCAGCGCAUCCUGGCCUUAGGCAACCGGAUCACCUCCUGCCUCACCAGCCUCAAUGGCGCUCUGGACCCCAUCAUGUACUUCUUUGUGGCUGAGAAGUUUCGUGACACUCUGUGCAAUUUCCUCGGCAGCAAAAGGCUCAUGGGCCGGCCAGUGAGCUUUGAAGGGAAAACUAACGAGAGUUCCCUGAGCGCCAAGUCAGAGCUGUGA